AUGCGCUAGUAAGGUAUGCUGAGCAGCGGCGGUGUGCUUUUAUUCUGUAGGACUGGCCAGCGUGUUUGGGGAUUAUUUCAGAUGUCAUCAUACUUGGGAAAUAGACAGUGAAACGGAGCGGCGAUUGUUUGUGCUGUUUUGGUAAAUGUAUUAAAGGUGUCCUUGAGCACGAUGACGAAGACGAAGGGAACCAGGAGGAAGCUGUGGCCAGCCCUGAAGCCAGAAGAGCCCGUCUGCUGAAGGUCUGCUGAAGGUCUGCUGGCUGUCCGGGCUCCAGCUGCGUCUACACCCGUCGCCCCGAGCCAUGGAGCCCAAACAGCAGACGGCCACGAGCAGGGCCAGCUACUUCGGCAACAUGAAGAGCAGGCUCGGAGACAGGUUGCCCGUGAGUGUCACCCAGCCUCAGGGUUUCCCCCGGGGGCAGUGGGAUGCCCCACCCUGCCCUCGGGCCACAGAUGAGGUCAGCAUGCCUCGGCAUCACAUCCGCAACCCCAAACUGAGGCAGUAUUACCUCAAAGAGGCUACGCUCCCAUGCGAUGUUUCAACAGUCCAGUCAAGCAGUGGAAAUGAGCAAGGGGUUCAUCGCAAGGACACUGUAUUUAGUGUGGCCUCUCAGUUUAGCAGGAGACAAGGAGACACCCUGUCUACCCAUACUACCCUCUUACACGCACAGUUAUCGGCAACGCCCCCUUACUCUGGCUCGGAGCCCAGCCUGGGGGCCAUGACCCCAGCCACCCCUGUGUCUCCGUCCACAGAUGCGGAGUAUGACAAGCUGCUGGAUGUGGAGGCGGUGCCUAUGCCUGAUGGACAGCUGUGCCUAUUGGCUCUGCCGCCUGAGUGCACACAGGGGGCGGGGCCAGCGGACAUGCCAUACCUCAAGCUGUUCUGCCGUUUCAUCACUGACCGUAAAGGAGUGGUUUCUGGGAUUCUGCUGGUGACACCCAAUAAGAUCUUCUUCGAUCCUCAUAAGACCCUCCCCCUGGUACAGGAGAAUGGCUGUGAGGAGUACCUGUUCUCCUGCUUAUUGGACAACCUCACAUCAAUCACCUUCUUCUCCGAUAUCUCCCAUGUUCACUUCAGCUGCUCCACACAGAAGUGGAAAGGUCGCAAGAGGGCAUGGAAGCACCGUGCUUCAAAAACUCUCGACAAGGAGACGACCCAGACUAAAACACCCACCGUUCCCACGGUGAUGUCAGACCUGGGGGUGGGAUUGGAGGCAGGAGCAGGCGAGGACGUGGGCGGAGAGAGCCAGGACAUGGCUGAGGUGGAGCGGCAGUUGGAGCACCUCGUGCUGGGGGCGGGCAUGCUGAACAGUGCUGCCACCUUCUGCUGUGGAGGAGUGGACACAGGGAUCGGGGCCAGCGCAGAACCCACGCAGGUGCAGAAAGAAGCGCGGCUCUCGGGCCCUGGGGAACAGCUGCGUUCCUCCACCAGUUUCCUGAUGUUUGUGAGGAUGCGUCAGAAGCAGCCGACCACAAGGAGGAGGGGCUUCGCUGCGCUGGAGCUGAGCAAGGCCAAGACCACGCCCCUUCGAGACGCCUGGUUCGCUCUGCAGCAGGAGAAGUCAGACGAGCUCUACGCCUACCUGAGCCAGCGCCGGCCCGACCUGUCCAUCCUGGAAGGUGCCGAGGAAGAGGAGGACGAAGACGACUUUGUGCUUCUGGACGACAGAGAAGACAGAGAGGAGGGGGAGACGGAGGGGUCGCCGAGGCAUGGACAUACCGGGGACGAGUGGGAGAUGGUGUGUGUAGAGGACAACAGAGCAAGGAUCUCCGUGUCUGCAGACAGAGAACCAGAAGGGCUUUGUGAUAUCCUGAAACAGAGCCUCAUACUGGACGCACAGCAAGUCCGAGAGCUGACGGGCGAGCUGCCGGCGCGUACGGUGGGGCACACGUGGAGGUUGGCGUACAGCACCAGUCAGCACGGCUCCAGCCUCAAAACACUCUACAGGAGACUUAGUCCAUCUGACUCGCCCGUGCUGCUCAUAAUCAGAGAUCACAACCAGCAGGCGUUUGGCGCCUUCCUCUCUCACCCGCUGUGUCCGAGUGAGAAGUUCUACGGUACGGGAGAAUCCUUCCUCUUUCUGCUCCACCCCCGCUUCAAGUGUUUCCGCUGGACGGGUGAAAACUCCUUCUUCAUCAAAGGAGACCUCGACUCUUUUGCCAUUGGCGGAGGGAGCGGGCACUUUGGCUUGUGGCUGGACGAGACGCUGUACCUUGGCCGGAGCAACCCCUGCGCCACCUUCAGCAACUGCAGCCUGUCCGAGGCGAGCGACUUCCGCGUGCUGCAGCUCGAGGCCUGGACCUUCUGGUGAGUCCAGGAGUCCCAGCACAUGUCCGCAGAACUUCACGAAGGCCCUCUCCGAGAGUCCAGACGAUCGUAACGCCGCCAAGGACUGUGAGAAACUUUGCUCGUAGAUUGGGCCAGAUGACGAUGAGGACAAUGGUGGUAUUCCCGCUGAACGGAAUUCCCCGACCGCGUACCUCUGGAGCUGAGGGAAUUUCACAGUGGGAUCAUUGCUGUCAAACCGACACUUUUUCCCCACGUUACGAUCCGUCUGCUGCCGUGUGGCGUGUAUACGGAUGUUGAGGUUGUAGUGUGCACCUGGGUG